AUGGCACCUUCCAUCGUGACCAUCGACAACAGCGACGACUUCGGCAUGGACGCUUCAGCUCAGCCCCUCGAUGCCCCGCGCACGCUUCUUCUCGCUCCCCCCUCCAUCGCCGCCCACGAGGAGAAACUCCACGCCCUCUUCACCACAUUUGAUCGCCAAUCAACUGAUCUGCAAAUGCUGGAUCGUCUCUCUGCUGGCCUUGUGAAGCUCUCUCCCAACACUUACUCACACGUUCACCUCCUCACCGAUACCGACGGCUCGAGACGCACCGAGGCUCUUCAAUUGCUGACUCGGGAUGUGUAUACCACCCUCGUGCCGGCCAUGAAGCCUGGUGCCAAGUUGCAGACACAGGAUAAGCCAUUGACAGCGGCGGAUUCCAUGGAGGCCAUCAUGGCCGGAUUGGUGCAGAAUGAGACUGGAUUCGAAAAGCCAAACUUUGAGCAAGCCUCGGUCGUCCCGCUCAAGUUGGGUGGUCGCAAGAAGAAGACGACCGGUCUGACAGGGAUCAUGGGCAGCUUUGCGGCUCCAGCUAGCGUGGAGACCAACACCAAGCCUCAGACGGACAAUAAUGAUGACGACGACGAAUUGAUCAAUGAAGAUUCCCUCCUCGACGAAGAAGAUUUCACGAGACCCAUUGUACCUCCUCCAGAGUGCCAGCCCAAGACCGGUCGGAGGCGACGUGCCUGCAAGGACUGCACCUGCGGUCUCGCCGAUCGUCUCGAGGCGGAAGAUCGAGAGCGCCGCAAGAACGCCGACAAGCAGCUGAACGUUCUCAAGCUCCAGUCCGACGAUCUGGCUGAGCUCGAUUUCACCGUCCAGGGCAAGCAGACCGGCUCCUGCGGGAGCUGUGCUUUGGGCGACGCUUUCCGCUGCGCCGGUUGUCCGUACCUUGGUCUCCCGGCUUUCAAACCAGGCCAGGAGGUACAGAUUUUGAACGACGUUGCCCAGUUAUAA